AUGUCUACUACUAGCGGUACUACUAGCACCACACGCACAGGUGGAGAAGAAGAAUUGGCCAAAUCGGCUCUUUUGGAAGUUUUGCAGAAUAUUUCUUGUCAUUUGCCACGUAGCGUUCUACUGGAGUGUAUUCAGCAAGUGAGGAAGAGAAAUUCUAAUGCUGAAGAUGAGCAACGGCAAGAUGGACUUGACCUUUCCCACUCCUUGCAAGGUCUGCGAAAGCGGUCUUCUUUGGACGCACAGGAUAUCCUUAGCCUUAACCCUACUUCUCAAUGUCUGUCCCCCAUGGGAUCGGGAAGCAGGAAGAGUGGAACGGACAAUCAGUCCAGGUCCUCCCUAUUGACUCUGCUGUCAGCGAGCAGCCGCAACUUCUUCGCCAUGCAAAAGUCGGCCCAAGAUUUGUUUGGAGCUAGCUAUGACAGUACAGGUACAGGUGCAAGUACCGGUGCAAGUACAGGUGCCAAUACCAGUCAAGACAAAGACGUAUGUCGAACGGGCCUGGCUCAUCAGAUGCUCUGUUCUGGUCGUGGUACAGGGGCUACGUUUUCCAUUUGUACCACCACCGGGACAUCGGCCGCUACCAUCACGGAUCAGAGCUCUGUCUAUACUUCCUUCAGUAACACCGAUUCCACCUUUCUCUCACACGCAAGUCCACAUGCACAGCUUGUCAGGACCCUCAACAGUGAUUCGACCUUUAUCGAACAGCUGAGCUUGGAGUUCGAUUUCAUGGAUACAUCUCUCGCAGAACAAGAAGAACAGGAAAACACAAACACGGAAGCCGGGGCGGCCGCAUCGGUCGUAUCCAAAGAUGUCAGUCCCAAGCCAAACAUGCAUCGACGCUUCACUGGACUCAGACGAGCUUCGCUCACACCCGCGGCUCAAGGACUCAUCGCUGGUUCUUCACAGCAACUGAAACAAGACAGACAACCUUCACCGGCGUUGAGACGCACCGUCUCAUUCAACUCGCAAGAUUCCGAACGCCCACGACGGUCUCUGCGACGAUCCACCAAGCAGCACGCACAACAUCAACAACAAGACGAUGAUACGGCAAGUGUCUCCAAACUGAGGCAAGGACGAUUAUCUUGUCGCAGCAAUGCCAACGGAGACGCUGCCGCCGAUCAACGUUCCGUAGCGGGAAGCAUAUUUAGUAGACGAUCCAUCAACAGUCACCAGUCGUCAUUGGCCACAAACGAUACCGGGAACAGUACGGUCCAUCCGUCGAGGCAAACACCACAUCAACCAACCAUGCCCGUACGGCUUGCAACAAGUCGAUACUCGGGAGCACUCGUCUUUUGUGACAUUUCGGGCUUUAGUCGAUUGUCAACCAUGCUGCCGGUGGAAGCAUUCUCCAAUAUCGUGCAUGACUACUUUCGAAAGAUUGUACAGCAAAUCGAACUGCAUGGAGGAGACAUCUUAAAGUUCGCUGGUGAUGCCAUCAUAGCAGAAUGGAAGGUCACGAUCGGAUCCGACGACGACAACACGACUACUCGAACGCCACGACAAGCUGUAUACGCAGCGGCGCUCUGUGCCUCCAACCUAGUUGAUUGUAUGUCCGAUGUUUCCGUAAAAAUGCCAGAAAAGUUGACGGAUCCACAAGAGCAUGUCAUUGCUGUUGGUUUCGGGGACAUUGUUCAAUGUCACCCAGGCGACGGGGACCGCGUGGAACUGCUUGUACUUGGAGAUGCGUUACGACAAAUCACCGAAGCAGUCAACAAAGCCAGGCUGGGACAAGUUGUCGUAUCUCCAGAAGUGGCACGCCUACUACGAGAUGUCGUGGAUAUUCGACGGCCCCCCGUCGGAUCGGGAGGAGCUGUCACAGACGACGAAAACGGUCGGGUUACUGUCAUUGCCUACAAAAAGGAACGAUUCAUACGGGUCAAACCGGAGGCUUGCAAAUUGGCGACAUCCUCCAUUCAACCCUUCCAUGGAUCAAGCAAGGAAGCAGUUCAAGGUUGUAAGGAUUUCUCUGUUGCCAAUUUACAGGAGCUAUAUUUGAGAACCGCACCGUACCUGCAUCCAGUAGCCCUGUUUCAUGAGGUAUCCAACACUGAAGCUUCGGCGAUGGCAGUUGCAGAAUCUCAAAGACGAUCGAGUUUCCUCUUUCAUCAGCAACAAAGUCACCUCUCCCUAGCAGAACUGAGAGAUGUUUGUACCAUCUUUAUCCAGCCGGAACUUCCCCAAGAAUGGCUCACUGGAAAAGAUGCCGGCAACGAAGAAGCGUUGAAAAAGCUCAACCUCAUCAUGCUCAUUGCUUCAAGCGAGGCGGACCGAUUCUCAGCCCAUCUUAGACAAUUCAUCGUGGAUGACAAGGGUCUGGUGAUCAUCGUAAACUUUGGGUUACGAGGCUCCACAUUUCCGAAUCAAGUCGCCGAACGCGUCAUGCCCUUCAUGGAUCAUGUGAAAGUUUUACUGAGGAGUGAACUAGAAAUAGAAUGCCGAAUCGGAACAACUCAUGGGAGGGCCUAUUGUGGAUUGGUAGCACCAGGAGACCGAACCGAGUAUACCGUGUUGGGACCCAGCGUGAACUUGGCUGCUCGGUUAAUGACACACGUCCGAAAUCCUGGCAUUAUGGUUGAUGAGGCCAUCCGCAUAAAGGCGGGGGAUCGCCCCUUCAGAUCUCUUUGUCCUAUUCGCGCCAAAGGAUACAGCACUUAUAUACGGAUCUUCAUUCCCGAGACGACAGAGCGUACCGGUUGGAAAGAUUCGGGAUCUUGCUUCGUUGGACGGCAUGAAAAUACGCAAUCAAUCCUCGAGAUGGCCAAAGCUGUGAUGGAUUCUACGAAUCGAUGGAACCCGCACUAUGGUCUUGGCGGCGGGCAAUCGAGAAUUGUGUUUUUAGAGGGUGGAUAUGGAUUGGGCAAGACAGCCCUCUUAUCGCAAGCAACCAUAGGAAUCGAGGCACUGUUGAAUGCGCAACAGGCGAAACAUAUGGUCUGGCGGCAAUUGUGCUGUGAUGAAGACAGUUUCAAGCCCUUCAGCAUUGUCCGUCCGCUUUUCCUAGAUAUCUUACGACGAAAGAAAGAGCAAGAGACUCACUUUCAUUCCGUCAAGCUCGUGGGGCACUCCGUCUCGCACGAAGCAUGUGAGAUCGACGAAGCGCGGAUGUACGUCACGCUGCUGCAUGUUUGUCUGGAUGCCAGGGUUCCUCUGCAUUAUGUGGAAGCAAUGGCUGGGCUGAUUUUUUCCACCAAGCUGUCAGAUAUUGGGACCUGGUCAGACGCAGCAACCAGGAUGGAUGAAUGGAAUCGUUUGGCCAAGUACAUCUGCCAGGUGUUGAUCCUUUGUACGCGCCAAGAAAGAUUAGUCUUCUUGGCUCUUGACAACGUCUCUGGCUUGGAUGAAAUGUCUUGGAAGUUGUUGCAGGGACUCUUUUAUUGCGCUUCCAAUGUCCUGAUUCUUGGUGCCGCCAGGACAGAACACGAUCUGAACAUCAAUCCUACGUGCUGGAGAGACCUGAAUUGUCUCCACGAAAAGGAGGAAGGAGAAGCGCGGUUCCGUCGCAUCAAGCUGGAGCCUUUGAUUGAAUCGGAGGUUUCGGAGCUUGUGACGAACCGCAUGGACGCUGCGAAUGACGCAGGAACUUCGAAAGAUAUUGUCGCCCACACCGUGUUUCUCGAAUCCAAGGGCAACCCGUUGCUCGCCAAUGAGAUAUUGGACAUUUUGUAUCCCUCUACUGCCGCCAACAGCCCAAACAAAAUCGACACACGAGCAUACACUACCGCGAGCAACGUAGAUGAACUGGUCCUGAACCGUCUGGAUAGUCUUGCUCCAGCGGUACGGUUUGUCGUCGACCUGGGGGCGUUACUGGGUUCGCCCUUCUCGUUGCUGGAUAUCGUUGCUGUCCUGGAACGAUAUCACAACAUGCCGACGACUGACACGACGACUUAUGGAAUGGCGAAGCUGAAUCUUCAAGUGGCAGUCGAAAACGGUCUGCUGACGACGUCAUUUGAUGAAUACCAAGGAAUCUCCUACACAUUCUCGCAUACCAUGUGGCAGGAGACGAUCUCCCGGCAGAAUCUAGACAGUUGGAAGGAGCAAAUGCGCCAGCUGAUCGAUGAAGUUUUGCCCGAGAACGAUCCAACAAAGACUGAGCUGGAGGCUGGUGGUGGGCUACCAAAAUUGAUAUCUUUUGGCAACUUGGCCGAGCUGGACGAUGAGGAGUGUGGCAAGAAGGACGCUGCAUUAGAAGAUCAGGACGACCAUUUGGACGGCAGUGCCAACGAGCAGAACGUGAAACGCCUGAGGGCCAUGGCUAAAAUGUUCCGACGCAAGUACAAAUCCAGUGGCCGAAAAGGUGCGAGUGAAACAGUACGGAAACUGAAAGGACUCCUCGGUGGCAGUCGCAAGAAACGGGCCAAGUCUUCUAAGCUUGGUGCUCGAUUGAGUGACUGA